GACUAUUAUGACAUUGCCAUGUAAUGCAUCUCAUACAACUCUGAUGAUGUUUCAUCUCAGUUGAAGAAGGAGCGUCAGAGGACGAGGAGGAAGGAGCGGGAGGAACUCGGCGAUGAGGCGCCCCCAAAGUUGGAGCCACGAACUCUGGAAAACACGCGGGAGGAGGACGUCACCGUUCCUGAGCCGGAGGACGAGGAGAUCCAGGUGGAAGAAGCUGGGGAUGAAAUGGCCACCUACUUCGGGAAGGAGAAGGAACCUCGGGUUGUCAUCACCACCUCGGAGCUACCUUCCUCUAAAACACGAGCCUUUGCCAGAGACCUGAUGACUGUGGUCCCCAACUGCAAAUUCUUCUUCAGGAAGCGUGCAUCUGUUAAAGGUACCAUCCACCGGGCCAUGACGAACGGCUACACGGACGUCCUUGUCAUCAACGAAGACAGGAAAAUUCCGAGUAUCCUUUGCUGCAAAUGGGUCCUUGUUCAAUAUUCCCCAUGA